CCUCUCCCGCUGCAGGUGUGCUUCAUCGGCCGAAGCAACGUGGGGAAAUCAUCUUUAAUCCGGGCCUUGUUUUCACUGUCUCCAGAUGUGGUGGUCAGGGUGUCAAAAACUCCGGGCCACACCAAGAAGAUGAAUUUCUUCAAAGUAGGGAAGUACUUUACUGUGGUGGAUAUGCCAGGAUACGGCUACCGUGCCCCGCAAGACUUUGUGGAGAUGGUGGAGGCCUAUCUGCAGGAACGGCGCAACCUGAAGAGGACUUUUCUAUUAGUUGAUGGCGUAGUAGGACUCCAGAAAACAGAUCAUAUUGCAGUAGAGAUGCUGGAAGAGUUUGGGAUUCCUUAUGUGAUGGUGUUAACAAAAAUUGACCGAGCUUCCAGGGGACUGUUGUUAAAGAACGUACUGGAGAUCCAGGAGUUUGUAAAGGAGAAAACUCAGGGAUGCUUUCCUCAGUUAUUCCUGGUCAGUUCUGUGGAGUUUUCAGGGGUUCACUUGCUGAGGUGUUUUGUAGCCCAUGUUACUGGAAACCUGCCUACUCUAGAGGCCAGUUGAAAAGACUGACUCCUGGUCUGCUCAGUUCAUCCAGAACAAAAGG